GCAGGCGCGACUUGCGACAGAGCGGCUUCGCGCGGCGACGCUCAGUCUCGUCCGUUGCAAUCCGGUGCAGAUAUACGUGCAAUUACCCUGUCAACAGUGCUUAAAAUCGCCGCUCGUGCUCGUGCUGCGCUCGUAGGCACGCGGUGAUCGAUAACGCUCGUCGACGAGGACGACGAGGACGACGACUGCGGAUCGCCAGUCGAUCGCCGGAAGCAGCAGAAGAAAAGAAAAAGUCGGAGCGCUGACGUGCGAUCACGGGCAAAAGUUCGGAAGCGCGCGGCGCGCGUGAAUAACAUCGCUCCCGUUUGAAUUGACCGCUCGCGGCGACGAGAGGGAUUAUUCUCCUCGGCGAAGUGCGAGACUGACACGUACGUCGUACGCGAGGGGUGCAAAUCGGUGGUCUCCUCGGAGGAACGUCCGAUCGGUAGACGGUGAAGGAGGAGAGGACAAGUGAAGGGAGAAGACAGCGAGAGUAAAAGUCGUGAGAGAGCGCGCGGACAGAUGUGGUGCCGACUAGUUCCGCGUAGUUUCGUUUACGCGACCUAACUACCGCGGGAAUUUACACCGCGCGCGCGGGUGUCCAGUGUUGGUGCACCGGUGAACCGGAAACCCACCUAGGUAAAGGAUCACCGAGGAUCCGACAGGAAUACGCUUCUCGGGGGUUUCUCUCAGCCGUCCGACGAGAUGAAGACUCGCCACCUGUGGCUAGAAGCGGCCGUCGCUCUCCUCGUGAUAACGGGUGCGAGCUGCCUGCGGGAGGUCAGUUUGGAGGUGGUCCCGGAGGUGGUGCAGCGCGGCAAGGAGGCGAUUCUGCGGUGCCAUUAUGAUCUGGAGAAGGCGCCACUCUACUCUCUCAAGUGGUACCGGGGCAGGCACGAGUUCUACCGGUUCUCGCCCAGCGAAGACCCGGCCACCAAGAUCUUCAACAUCUCCGGGAUUUACGUGGACCCCGCCAACUCGAACAAGAGCCAGGUAACACUCCGCAACGUCGACUACGGCCUCUCGGGUACAUUCAGCUGCGAAGUUACGGCAGACGCGCCGACCUUCUCCACGGCCUCCGUCUCGAAGAAUCUCACCGUAGUGUCUCUGCCCGACAGGAGGCCCCUCAUCGUAUCGGAACGCGAGCGUUACGACCCGGGAGACACACUGAGGGCAAAUUGCAGCCUGCCACCAUCGAAGCCACCGGUUCACCUCUCGUUCACGCUUAACAACAUGCCGGUAGAGGCGACCGCGAGGCGACAGCGAGCGAAGAACGACAACGACAAGAUCGACGACGGGACGCAAUGGAGCGAGAUCAGCCUCACCCUGCAGCCCUUCCAUUACACGAACGGCCAGUUGACGCUGCGCUGCACCGCGCAGAUACCCAACAUAUACUCGACGAUGAACGAGAUUCAGCUUGGCGCUGGUAUGCGCGAGCCCAUACCCGAAAGAGUAACCUCGGAGAACGGCGGAAGCGACACGCACACGGCGACGUUUGCGACAAUACUCUGCCUGGGCACGCUCCAUCUGCUUCUGAGAUAGUCACGGCACGCCUGAGACCACGAGAAGGGAGCUCACGGGCGUCGCAUGAUAAAUAGCACACUAGUCAGCAGAAGACGGGGUUGGAGGAGGAGGCGAUGGAGGGAGAACUCGAGGACCGCGUGCGGACGGCGCAGAAACGAACAACAUUGUUAAAUUGACGCGAUCGCCCAAACGUCCCGCUUCAGUUUCUUUCUCUCCUCUUCGCGCAGUGCAUUUGGUUUAAUCCCAUUUUUCCAUCUCUUCCGAGCUUCGUUCUUUUUUUAAGUUCUUUUCUGUUAUCCUUUUUGGGACGAGUUAUUUCCUCUUUUUUCUCCCUUUCACGUGAGAAUUCCACGUGCUUCCUAUUUUUCGCUUGUUUGUUCGUUCGUUCGUUCGUUCAUCAUGCAACUGUCGACAGCAGCAGUCAGCGUUAAAACCGCCCGGUUGACGAAACGUUCGCCACUUUUGGACACUGCCGUUGCGAAUUAGAGUCGAGAGGCACCGCCGACGUCCGUUGCGUUUGACGUGAUCCGGCGAUCGCGCGAGAUCACGCGGGUUGUUACCGUAACGCUACUCUACUUUACGACCGCGUCCCUUCGUGCAGCUCGUUAUGUUGUAAGGCGCCGUUCUACGAGCGUGGGAUUGGCUCUCGUUUGUCUUUCUCGGUGUCAGGUAUGAGGGACGGAUAAGGGGGAGGAUGACGGGGAAGAGAGAGCACGCGUGCUGCCAAGUCAAGGGUUAACCCCAUGGCGCAUCCCGGGAUUGGAUCGUGGACCGCACACGGCUGGAUGGAGAUGGAUAAUCGGAUCCGAGAGGAUCGCCAUGGCUAAAUCCGCUGCGACGCGCUUCGGAGAAUCCGGAAGCAGGGUGACGGCGACGCGCGGACCGCUCAAGUCGCGUUUCGAUUACCGCUACGGAGCUCAAUUUGACGUACGACGAGUAAUGAACGGAAAAGAGGCACAGUUCGUUCGGGAAUAUAAAACGAAGAGGGAGAACACGGACUUUGAAAUUGGUCGUGCAUGUCCCUCCGUAACUGAAGGAUUUGCGGUCUUUGUCGCGAAGGAUAGAUAAAAGGAGAAAAAAAAGAAAAAA